AUGUCGGAAACCACCAUCCGCAAGGCCGUCAUCACCGAAUUCGGCGACGUCUCCAAAGUGCGCAUCGUCCAGGACACCAUCGCGCCCCCUCCGGCGAACCAUGUGCAAGUGGCGACCAUCUACUCGGGCUUCUCCGGGUCCGACAUCAACAUGCGCAAGGGCGUCUACCCGAUGCAGAAGAAGGCGCCGCUGACGCCCGGCUACUGUCUCGUCGGCACCGUCAGGACCAACGGCCCCGGCGCGUCCAAGUUCCUCCCCGGCGACGUCGUCGCCUGCCUCACGGUCUACGACGCCGAGGCCGACCUCGUCAACCUCCCCGAGAAGUACCUCAUCCGCGUCCCCGCGGGCAUCGACCUGCAGCAGGCCACGGCGCUGAUCCUGGACUGGAGCACGGCGUACGCCAUGGUCUUCGAGGCCGCCAAGGUGACGGCGGGCCAACGGGUCUUCGUCCACGGCGUCAGCGGCGCCGUCGGCUACGCCGUCAUGAAGCUGUGCCAGCUGCAGGGCGCCGAGGUGUACGGCACGGCGUCGGAGCGGCACCACGAGGCCGCCCGCGCGCAGGGCGCCACGCCCUUUGUGUACACGGACAAGGAGUGGAUGCGGGCCGUGAAAGACGCCGGCGGCGCGGACGCCGUGUUCGACCCCCUCGGCUUCGAGAGCUGGGACGAGUCCUUCUCGGUCCUGUCGGCGACGGGCAUCCUCGUCGGCUACGGCGGGAACCUGCGGUCGCUCAACGACGGCGGUGAGGACCGGUCGGUCGUCGGGCCGACGAUGAAGCUGCUGGCGAGGGGCAUGGUGCCCUUCUGCGGCAAGCGGACGCGCUUCUACUACAUCACCCGCGACGACGCGACGUUCGAGCCGAACCUGAGGGCCCUGUUCGACCUGCUGGCCGCGGGGAAGAUCACGGUCCCGAUCAAGAGGGUGUGGGAGCUGGAAGAGAUCCAGGAGGCCCACCGCCAGUGGACGACCUCGACGGGCGUGGGAUCAUCGCUUGUUCGGUUGUCGGGCGCCAAAGAGGCUUAG